AGCACCAUAUGAGGACAGUUACCUUUGCGGCUGUCUGAUGCGGGCAACGUCAUAGCGGCUAAGGACACUGGAUGCAUAGAAUUCUGCCGAUCUUAGCACCUUUGGCUUUUACCAGAAGUACCAUUCCUCCACGUCGGAACCCUAUCCCCUCCUUUUUUUUGUGUCAAUCGCCAUCCUACGACAACCUGAGCGAGGAACGAAGACGGGGAGGGGGAGGCGAGGACACACCCGCAUUCUGUACCUCUCCAACGCCGGUGCGCGUGAGUGGUGAUGCUGCAGACAACAUGAUGAUCGUAUUAUUAACGGUCCCGAAUAGGAAAUAGAUUCGUUUCUUCUUCUCAGGAUCUAAAUCACCGGAGGGAUUAGCACCGGAGGGAUUGUUGGCCACUGGCUAUUUACUCCCUAAUACCAAGUGACCAAUGGGAACAGCAACUAACACCCCGUUUUCAACAAGGUGAAUGCUGACAGAUCCAUCCAUGAGGUGAGCCAACCGGUCUUUACGGCAUUGAACCCCCUCCCUCUCCUCCAUCCCCCUCCCUACAGUUUCCAGGCUGCAGGGCCCAGCCCCACUGAAAAGUGCAGGCGCCUGCUCCCCCCGCAGAAUGACUGUAGCCACUGGUGACCCCUCUGAUGAGGCGGCAGCACACCCGGGGAACCCGGCUGAGUACGACCCUGACGCUGACCAUGAGUGCUGCGAGAGAGUGGUCAUCAACAUCUCUGGGCUGCGUUUUGAGACACAGCUUAAAACCCUCUCCCAGUUCCCCGAUACUCUGCUGGGGGACCCCAAAAAGAGGAUGCGCUACUUCGACCCACUGAGAAACGAGUACUUCUUCGACCGCAGCCGAACCAGCUUCGAUGCCAUUCUCUAUUUUUACCAGUCAGGAGGGAGGCUACGGCGGCCGGCCAAUGUGACCCUUGAUAUUUUCUCAGAGGAGAUACGUUUCUAUGAGUUGGGGGAUGAAGCCAUUGAGCUGUUCAGAGAGGAUGAGGGUUUCGUCAAGGAGGAAGAGAGGCCCCUUCCUGACAAUGAGUUUCAGAGACAAGUGUGGCUGCUGUUUGAGUACCCAGAGAGCUCAGGACCCGCUAGGAUUAUCGCUAUCAUCUCCGUCAUGGUCAUCCUCAUCUCUAUCGUAAGCUUCUGUCUGGAAACCCUGCCCAUCUUCCGCAACGACGACGACGAACCGCACAGUGUCUUUGACACCAACACCAACACCACAAUCUACUUCACGUCCACCUACUUCACUGAUCCAUUCUUCAUCCUGGAGACACUCUGCAUCAUCUGGUUCUCAUUUGAGUUCCUGGUGCGCCUCUUUGCCUGCCCCAGCAAAUCAGGCUUCUUUGGUAACGUCAUGAACAUCAUUGACGUUGUUGCCAUUAUCCCCUACUUCAUCACACUGGCCACAGAGCUGGCUGAGAAACCAGAGGAUGGCCAGGCCGGUCAGCAAGCCAUGUCCCUGGCUAUUCUCAGGGUCAUCCGUCUAGUGCGAGUCUUCCGAAUCUUCAAGCUGUCACGACACUCCAAGGGACUUCAGAUCCUGGGCCAGACCCUGAAGGCUAGUAUGAGGGAGCUGGGUCUGCUGAUCUUCUUCCUCUUUAUUGGAGUCAUACUGUUCUCCAGUGCCGUCUACUUUGCGGAAGCUGAUGAGCCCGAGUCACAGUUUGAAAGCAUCCCUGACGCCUUCUGGUGGGCUGUUGUCUCCAUGACGACAGUAGGUUAUGGCGACAUGGUCCCGACCACCAUUGGUGGCAAGAUUGUGGGCUCCCUCUGCGCCAUUGCAGGUGUGCUGACAAUUGCCUUGCCCGUGCCUGUCAUCGUUUCCAACUUCAACUACUUCUAUCACCGUGAGACGGAGGGCGAGGAGCAGGCUCAGUGCCUAGGCCCAGUCGCCAAAGAGGACUCGAAUGAAGAGCUGAAGAAGAGCCGGAGCGGCUCCACCAUCAGUAAAUCAGACUACAUGGAGAUCCAGGAAGGGGUGAACAACAGUAUUGAGGACCUCCCAGAAGAGAACCUCAAGACUCAGGCCAACUGCACUACGCUGGCCAACACAAACUAUGUCAACAUCACCAAAAUGCUCACAGAUGUGUAGCCAGCUGGCAUUGUCCUCUCAGUGAGGUUGAGAGGUCAAAGGAUGGGGCAGGUGUGUAGCCUCCCAUUUCACAUGUGCUGCUGGAAUCUCAAGGCAAUAGAUUCAGGACGUAUAACUGUACUCAUCAUUUCUUUAUGAUGAAAAACACCAGAAACUAUGUGCUCACUCCUCCCCUAACUCCCACUGCUAACUCCCACUGUUAGCACCUCACACCUUGCCCUCAUACUGACCUUCUGUCAGACUUUAAAUCUUAUAAUCACAAUUCUGCGUGUUGAUGUCUGCAUGGAGUUGGCUUUGUCAGUGUGACUAUUCCAAUAGUAAAAUGACCUGCUCACAACGGUAGUACAAAAAAGAGGAGAAAUGUAGCUAAAAAAGGUGAUUUAUCGCUUCCAGAAUAACCCCACCACCAAUCCUGCUUCAGCCCCCCUGCACCUGCCGCUACCCUGGUCUCCCUCCAUCGUCAAAGGUACACUUUGCUUCCUGUUUGCGUGCUACAAAAUGCUGCUUCCUGGAGCAAACUAAACAAACCCGUCCUGUGGUGAACUACUUGGAGAUUACAGAACGUGUGAACAUAAGGCGGACAUGCUCCGUUGCUGCCCACUGGGCAUAGACAUCAGUUCACAGUCUAUUUUUGAUUUACAUUUGGUUGAGUUGUCAGCUAACGUGUAUUCAAAAUGAAAUCAACAAAACAUGUCACCAUGUCAUUGGAUUUAGGUUCAAAUUUGGGUGAAAAAAAUACGAAAUUCCAUUACAUUGAAGACGUCAUUACAUUGAAUAUUUGGGUUGAAGUGAUGUGGAAACAACGUUGAUUCAACCCGUUUUUGCCUGGUGGCUGAGGCCUGUCAUGGCCUGAGCCUGAGACACACGAGGAGUGUGGUACUGUAGUAGUCAUUCACAAUGUAUACGGGAUGUAGGACAUCCAUCAGCUCCAUAAGCUUUAUAAUGGUUUCACAUCUUUUCUUCAGGAACAUCAGUAUCUGAUGAAUGACUGACAAAAGCCCUUGACUUUUCACUGCUCUAGUCUUACAUCAUUUAUGUGUUUACUGUACAUGGCAAUGCAAGCCUCCCUCCUCCACUCACCUGAACCUGUCUUACUGCAGCUCUGAGGACAAAGUGAAUGUCUCUUCCUCUUUCAUUUCUACUUAUUUACCACUUAACUCAUAUAGAUAGAUAAAUAGUUGUGACUGUAACCUGUUACUGUAGCUAGAUAGGUACUGUAGGUAGUAACUGUAGCCAGUUGAUUGUUGCAUGGAGUUCUUAUCUGAAUGAGUAUUCUCACUCACACAACUAGCAUUGCUCCAAAGACACUGUUUAUUGUCUUGCCCUCUAUAACCUUCUAUCAUACAUAUGAAGGGAUGUCGAGAGGUUAUUAUCUAACAUACGUAGGUUACAAUGGUGUCUGAAAGGAUACCAUGCCCCAAACCAGCCCUAUAGCUUGGAGGAUAUUGUAUUCCUAACAUUUGACCUAAAUGUAACAUUCCAUGUAGAGUUCAUUGUCAUAGUCUUGUUGCCACACCGCUGAGCUGAAAACAUAGAGGUGUUUACAUACCACCGACAUUGCAGCUGUGCUGUAAUUUGAGGUAAAAUGCAUUAGUUAAUUAAUUACAGCACCCAUACAGUGUAGUUGCAGCAUUAAUCUCAGUUACAGACAGACUCGACUCACGGCUGCCUUGUUCAACUGGGUCCAUUGUGUCUUCAUGAUGAACCAUUGGGACGACUAAAGGGACAUGUAUAAAACGAUGUUUCCUCCCUAAACUGCCUUUAAAACAAGUAGGCUUACUGAAUGCUGCUUUCCUAGUGUUGCAUGACCUCAAUACAUUCCUAGAAGCAUGAAUUGAAGAUCAAAGAUGCCUAUGAAAACUAUUUAAUACGAUACCUAUAUUAAUCUCAUUAUCUACUUACAUACUUUAAUCUGUGAUAACAAAGCAAUCUGGGACGUAUAAGAAGGGGAAUUUACAUUCAGCUGACGAUUUAGAGAUGAGGAUGACCAUGAUGGAGAUGAUAGCGUUAAUCCGAUAAUCCUUGAUGAUAUGCAGAUCGUUGCUAUGUUUGUUUUAUGAUAUGAACAAUGACACUUGUUUAUUUUCAGCACUGAUGGUGUAGCCCCAUUUCAGGGACUGUCUGUUGGACAGAGUGCCAAAGACAUGCAUGCCUAAUACACUAGCGAGUUCACAGGAGAAGUGGAGGUACAGUAAUAUAUCUAUGGUAGUUGCAUCCCUCAAUAAGAAAAUAUGAGCAUUAUCUAAAUAUUAUCAUACUCGAAGGAGAGAUGGUUUAUAUUGCCAACGGCUGAAGUAUGUAGCCGUGUAGCAACUCUGAACUACAGAGUUCUAGGUCUCUCACGACAUUGCUGAGUCGCCCGUCUUUCUAUAUCUUUUCAUAGUGAACUUCAGGACACAGGAGAGUACUAGCAAAGCUGAGGAUGUUUAACCAGUGCUAACAAAAUGGUGAAAUGGAUUGCGUCUAAUUUACCUUUUGGUCAAUAUUGGUUAGCAUAGCCACAAGGAUGUUAGCUUUGACUCUAAUGUGUCUGGUCUGUCUUCUCAUUUACGUUUUAGGCCUAAAUGUCUGCCACCAUUGCCGCAAUGUUUAUUCACGCUAGAUGGACAGAGGUGAGGUUCUUAGCUCCCGGUCCCUCCCUCUGUCUUCACCAUGUUCCUUUCCUCUCUUGUGUCUUCAAUUGGCAGUACCUUGUGCAACUGCAAUCGCUACUUAUUUUGGAGAGAUAAAAUGUGUUGGAAAGGAACUUGAAUUGAAAAAUAAUCUGGGUCUGGAACCCUGCUUAUUGAUGCUUCCAAUACUCUAACAUGAUGUUAUUAUGUUCACCCUUAUUCUAGCAGUAACACUUCUCAUCUAAUACCAAUGCACCACGCUGUCCAAAACACACAUCAUAUACAUCAACAGUGCAUGAUGUGGAUAGGUACACCAUUAUGUGGUGUGUGUGUGUGUGUGUGUGUGUGUGUGUGUGUGUGUGUAUGUGUGUGUGUGUGUGUGUGUGUGUGUGUGUGUGUGUGUGUGUGUGUGUGUGUGUGUGCGUGCGUGCGUGCGUGCGUGCGUGCGUGCGUGCGUGCGUGCGUGCGUGCGUGCGUCUGUGUGUGUGUAAGUGUGUGCAUGUAGAGCCCACCUCUGAAUGUCAGAAUCUUAGCUUGGUUGUACAGCUGCAUUAAAGUGACAGCCAUUCAUGCAUGUGUGCAUAGUAAGACAAAACUGCUCACAGUAUGACCAAAACAAGUCAUAGUCUAUGCAUGCAAAUGCUUUGUAUUUUUUUAAAUAAUUUUUCUAUUUGCUUUUUUCAAUGGACAGAUCUUCCCAAAACACAUCAUGAGAUAGCAUGCUUACCUAUUUUGUUUGAAUUGGGCACACUCUGAUUCAACACACACUCAAAUUUAGCAACAUAUCAAAAUAGAAACAUUGUAGUUGAGUAUCAACAGUUUAUUUACUAGAUGCUCUGAGCACAACCAUAUAUGGAGUAUACCCAUUUUUAUCAAUGUGCAGAAUUACUAUGUGAAAUGUUUAUAUAUUCCCAAAAUGGAGUGUCGCAAAAAUCGCAAAUGUAUCUUUUGCUUUAUAGUAAUCAUUAGGAGACCGUCACAACUCAAAGUGUACAGAGGGUUUCACCAGCUAAAGCACAGUCAGAAGGAUUCCCAACAGAAAAUGCUCUCAAAAGUCUAUGCAGAGAUGAACUGUUGAUUGGAAAUAUAAACACAAGGUUCAAACAAACCAUGAAUAUGGGAAAACACAGAAAUACAGAAAAGUAGAGCAGUUUCAGAAUUGUGUUUUUGUUUCUCUGCAGAUUCUGGGUUGGUUUGAAUUUGAGUAUUGUAAGCGAUGGUGAGUGCCCCUCCACUUUUACAGCGAAGCACAGGCCCCAAUUAAUUCAAUCAAUAAAAAUAAAGGAAAACUGCACUGUGUGUUAAAAAAAAAAUGCUGAAUUGGAGGUCAUAAGUAACUGGGCUGAAAGUGAAUCCAUCCCGCAAGCUGUUCGUCUCGCCAACAUUGUCAUUGAAUAUGAGUGUAAAACCACACCUGACCUGUCCUGAAAAUACAGCAUAAACACUCUGAGUGAAAAAGCAGUUUGAUUUUCCUUUUUAUCUGUAAUUGAUUUCAUUUGGGUCACAGUGAAAGCUUUGUACUGCACUGUAUGGUUUACAUCACCAACAAAGUAGACGUUCAAGUAGCUACACAAGUAGUAGCUAUUCAAUCGACUGUUUAUGCAUGUGUAUGUCAGAACAAGAGAGUGUGUUUCUGUGGUCUGAAAGUGAAUGACACCGUAGAAACACAGCUACAGUAUGUCUGGUACAGUAUAGCGCCUUCACCUUCAACACUGGCCUACCCUGACUGUAACUGUCAACUUUGGUACAAUGGAUCAGAUUUUUUUUCUAUGAAAAGAAAUGUGAGGAAAAUACCGUACAUAACAACAAUGGAUUAUGGAGCCCCCAAAAAAUGGACAAUGUACUAUAAUGCUAAGUGAAGUGUGGAUUUAAAUGAGUGUGAUCUGCACACUACAGGAGCAAAAAGACAAUCUGUAGACAAGAAAAACGUGUCAAACUAAAAUGCAUAUAAUCCUUCAAAAUGACCAUAACCAUGAUAACAAAGUCAUAUAAAUAACGAAGAAAAUAAUCAUUCAACCAAA